AUACGAAUACGUUGUUUUUGUUUUAGAAUAAUAGAUUCUUGUUUUUUUUUUUUUCCUGUGAAUCGAGAAUUUUGGAAUGGCUUCUGUUUCUCUGUUUGCUUUUUUUGUUCUCUCACACCUCGCGCUGCUUCACUCAGCUGAAGAAGAAGAAGGAAAGCGAGAACACCCAUAUUGUCUGCCCUUUCAAUGUGGAAAAUUAGGUAACAUUAGCUUCCCAUUCACCGAAAUCCCACACCUAUUCCCAUUUUGCAGUUUAAUGCAAGUAAAGUGUGACGAAACACAUCCGAUGAUCAAGUUGCCACUGGCCGACCAUUGGAGUGAAAGACUAUAUGAAGUUAUAAACAUCUCUCACACUAACACCACACAACACAUCCGUGUCAAGGACUUUUGGCUUUCGGAAUACUUGAAAACCAAUAAAUGCGAGAGUUUAGACAAUUUUGCUUUUCCCAACUCUCCAUUUAUCUCUUUUAAACUCACCACACCCAGUCGGACCCUAUUCAAAUGCAAUCGCGCUCUUUAUAGUACUACCCAUAGAAAUUUUAAAAACGUGACCUGCAGAGAUCACUAUGAUUUCUACUAUAGUCCUUCAAACGAGGCUUCUCAGAGUUCUCCUUCAGGAUGUUUAUAUAUUCAGCUGCCAGUAAACGAGACUUCACAUAAAGAUGAACUGAAUUUAAUUGCUGAGUUCGACCUUGAAUUGCAUGUAUAUGAUGAUUGUAGCAGUUGUCAUGGUAAAGAAGGAAAAGAGAAUAAAAACAACAACAAAGUGGUGAUACCAUUAGGUAAGAUACAUCUUCAAUCAUAUUUCUUGUUGAAAUUGAUUGUAUCAUUUCAUGCGAAAAUAAUUUCUCCUAUUUCUGCUAUAAGUUUUGUUACUGGGUCCAUUUUCUCCACUACUAUAAUCCUAGAAGAUGGCCUUGUGCCUUAAAUACAAUGAUGGUUAAUAAGGAUAACGUCACAUGACCCACAAAAGAUGUUGUCAAUAUUUAAAUUUCUUCCCAUAAGUUCCUUUGUGACUUUCAUUAGAAAAAUUUUAUAUCUCUUGAAUUCCUCCAUUGCUGCCCUUCAGUCAGAACUUAACUCCAAUUCCCUUCUCUGCUUUAGCUGUUGGAUGCGCAGUCUUCUUCAUGAUUAUCUUGUUCUUUAUUUUCUGGCACCUUUACAAGAAAAAAUAUCCUUCUUCAAACUUGCUAUCAAGGAAUACAUAUUCUGAUCCAUCCUCAAGAUCAGAAGUGGAGGGGUGGAGUGUCUACUUUAGAGUCCCUGUUUUCUCCUACAAUGAACUUGAAAAAGCCACCAAUAAUUUUCAUGUUGAAAAGGAACUUGGGAGUGGAGGAUUCGGAACUGUUUAUCAUGGCAAACUCCAUGAUGGGAGGGAAAUUGCAGUCAAGCGCUUAUAUGGGCACAACUAUAGACGACUAGAACAAUUCAUCAAUGAAGUUGAAAUCCUAACACGAUUGCGCCACAAGAAUCUUGUCUCCCUUUAUGGCUGCACUUCACGCC